AUGGCAUCGUCCGCCUACGAGAGCGUCAAGGGAGGGAUAGGGCAUGCGCCGGAUGGGAAGAAGAGUAAGAAAUACGAGGAGCUCUUCCCUGUGGAGACGAAGAGAUUCGGGUAUGAGAUCCCGAAAUCUUCUGCUGCCGCGGCCGCGGCUGUCGCGGCGUCUGCGAAGGAAUCGGCAUCGCGAGAGGCGGCUCUGGACGAGCGCGUGAAGAAGAAAGCCGACCGCUAUUCUUUGCUUUGGUGCCGUGCUGCUGGAUUUCUCAUGGAAGCCCGUGUUGCUGGGAGCCUCAGCUUUGCCGUGAGAAGAUUAGCACAGCACAGGAACGCUACUGUUGUCAGCUUUCGCUACGUCCCUCCACACAACUCCGGAUAUCGAGCUCUUCCCAGUUUGCUCGAUUGUCUUGUGUCUUCUAAUGGUGGAAGGGAUAAGCAGCAGCAGCAGCAGCAGCAGCAACAUGGAUAUAGAGUCGAGCUUCGUAGAGUAGACCAGGGAAGAUUUCGUGUCCCUCAUGGCUUCAAGGAUGGAGCUGCUGCUCGGCUCCCGCCAUUGUUAUUUUUCUCCUCCGAUGCUUCUUCCAGAAAUGAUAGGAAGGUGGCGAGUGAGGAAGAGAAAGAAAAGGCGAGGAAGUGGCGCAAGAGGCUUGUGGCAUCAGUGGAAGAACUCCAAGUUAGUGACGAUCCUUUGCCGGAUAAGUUGGAGAAGAAGACCCUUCUGCAAAAGACAUGGAAUCUGCUUGUGAGGAUCGGUUCGGGACUGAGAAACAUGGCUUCGAUGAGCAGAGAGGACUGGGCAAAGUGGCUCAAGAAAGCAAAGACGACUGUGUGGCUGGAGUUGCAACAUUAUUGGGUUGGAAGUAAGUUGCUAUGGGCGGAGAUCCGGAUUUCCACCAGGCUUCUCGUCCAGCUCUCGGGUGGUAAGAAGCUAAGCCGAAGAGAACAGCUCCAACUAAGGCGGACAGCAGGAGACAUUGCUCGUUUAGUCCCGUUCAUAAUUAUCGUCAUCGUGCCCUUCAUGGAGUUCUUACUGCCAGUUCUUCUCAAGGUCUUCCCCAACAUGCUACCAUCAACAUUCCAGGACAAGUUGAAGCAGGAGGCGGAGUUGACAAAACGAUUGGAAACACGGCUUCGCCACGCGAAAGGCUUAAAGAAUGCGUUACUGGAAAUGGUGGACGAGCUCAAAUCCAAACGGGGAGAAGAUAUUCAGAAAACCGCCAAAAAUCUUGACGACUUUAUGACCAAGGUCCGCACUGGACAAAACAUAAAAAACGCGGACAUACUGGGAUUUGCAAAGCUCUUCAAUGACGAACUGACUUUGGACAACAUCAGCAGGCCGCGAUUGAUAAGCAUGUGUAAAUACAUGGGCUUACGACCAUUUGGGACGGAUGCGUAUCUGCGCUACACUCUUCGCAAAAAACUGGCAUGGAUCAAAUCCGAUGACCGGCUAAUCAGAAUGGAAGGAAUAGACUCACUUUCGGAACCCGAGCUUCGAGCUGCUUGCCGGGAACGAGGAAUGCUUGUUUCUUUGACACCACAAGAGAUGAAAGCACAGCUAAGCAACUGGCUUGAUUUGUCACUAGAUCACUCAGUACCAUCCUCGCUCCUCAUCUUGUCCAGGGCGUUCGUCCCGGACAAACUAAAACCGGCAGAAGCUGUCCAAGCGACACUGUCAUCGCUUCCAGACGAAGUGGUGGACUCGGUCGGUGUCACAGUGCUGCCCAGCGAGGACACGCUUGAGGAGCGCCGGCGCAAACUGGAAUUUCUAAAGCAGCAGGAAGAGCUCAUCAAGGAAAGUCUUACUUCAAAGCCAAGGAAGUGAUUGAGGUGGUUCUCUCUGAAAUUCAUAAACAACAAAGAGGAAAAACUAUCACGAAUCUUGAUAUCUUACAUAAACACCUCCAAAUGUUACAGCUUGCUGCCACUA